GCCGUGGGAUGGACGGCUGAUGCCGAAGGGUCUUCCCGGGUUCUGGACGCGCUCGGGAAACCCUGGUUCAUGUCAGGCCUGGGGGGACCCUGAGGUGCGCGGCUGCUUGCGGGGCGUGCUCUGCUGCUGCCGGGAGGCUUCCCGGUGCUGCGGCUCGGAGCGUGCGGGUACGGGUGGUGGUCUGUAGUGUGCCGUCGCUGCUCUGGGAAAGGUGUGCCGCUGGCAGCUGGUUUUGCACGGGGUCACUAAAUCGCCGCGUAGUUCUGUCUCAUAGAACGUAACGGUGUCAUUUCUGUCCUCCCACGUUUCCGCUCGGAGUGGAAGCUCCAAGUUUCGCUUGCGUUGGAAACCCACUUCCUUACUUACACUGGACUCGUUCGGGUUGGAGAAGACCUGAGAUCCCCGACCCGCCCGUACCGCGCCCGGUGCCCCUCGGUGCCGCAUCUCCACGGAUGCACGUGGCAAGAAGGGUGCCUUGUGAAGAGGGCGCUGUGGUGUCCAGCGUUGGCACGAUGUUUGCUGAUGGCCGUUUUGUCUCCCAGCAGUGUAAAAACCAUUGCCGUGGGCCUCAUCGACCUGACGUGCACAGCUGCCAUAGCAUCUGCAGAGAGAAGGAUGUGCCGGUGCUGCCGGCACUGCAGCCGAUCACUGAAGACCCUGGCACGUGUGAUAUUGUGAAGGCUACUCAGUAUGGAAUGCUAGAGCGGUGCAAAGAACUGGUGGAAGCAGGAUACGAUGUUCGACAAGCAGACAAAGAAAAUGUGACUCUUCUGCACUGGGCAGCAAUAAGCAACAGACAGGAGCUGGUUAAGUACUAUAUUUCCAAAGGUGCAGUAGUGGAUCAGCUAGGUGGAGACUUGAAUCAACUCCCCUUCACUGGGCCAUCAGGCUGCCAGGUUGUGGUUAUGCAUGCAUCUGUGCUUCAGGCAGACCUGCAUUUUGAACUUUUCCCAGGGCAGUGCUGGUCAGACUUGGCUUCUUGGGUCCUACCUAAUUCUCUGAUACAGACCUUCGGCUUAAAGGAAAAAUAAAAAAGUUUCUUCAUGAAAGUAUAAGAACCAGAGAUGAUUUUUCUAAAAGAGUGUCUAAGAAUUGUGAAGGUGACGCUUUCAUUAAGAUUUCAAGCUUUCUGUUAUGGCUGUAGUCUCAUAUAUUGUUACAGACAAGGACACCUACCCAUGGUCACCUUAUUGUUGAAGUGUGGAGCAGAUCCCAGCCUUAUUGAUGGGGAAGGAUUCAGUAGCAUUCAUUUGGCAGUGCUGUUUCAACAUGUGCCCAUUGUAGCUUACCUCGUGUCAAAGUGCCAGGUACGUUGCCACUGUCCCA